AUGGCUAAAAACCACAACGGUCACCGUCGUGAUGCGGUGAUCGACAUAGCAAAGGCUGCAAACUUCACUGGUGGGUUAGAAUUUAGUGACUUGACAUACACGGUAACGAAGAAAAAGAAGGUGGAAGGAACAUGGGAGAGCCAGGAAGUAGACUUGUUGCAUCAGAUACGUGGGUAUGCGCCGAAGGGGUCCAUCACGGCGGUGAUGGGGCCAAGUGGUGCUGGAAAGUCUACCCUUUUGGAUGGUCUGGCGGGCAGAAUCGCCAGUGGGAGUCUUAUGGGCAGAGUGUGUUUGGAUGGUGUGGUAAUGAACGCAAGCAUGGUUAAAAGGACUUCGGCCUAUAUAAUGCAAGAAGACAGGCUCUUCCCAAUGCUUACAGUCUACGAAACUUUGAUGUUCGCCGCUGAUUUUCGACUCGGGUCGAUAUCACGAACUGACAAGAAACAAAGAGUGGAAAAACUUAUCGAGCAACUUGGACUAACAUCAGCUCGAAACACCUUCAUAGGUGACGAGGGAAGUAGGGGAGUGUCCGGUGGUGAGCGGCGGCGAGUUUCGAUAGGCGUUGACAUUAUUCAUGGCCCAUCUUUGCUUUUUCUCGACGAGCCGACGUCGGGCCUGGACUCAACCAGCGCUCACAGCGUGAUAGAAAAGGUUCACGACAUAGCAAGAUCGGGCAGCACCGUGAUCCUCACGAUUCACCAACCUUCGUCAAGAAUCGUACUGCUGCUUGACCACCUUAUAGUUUUGGCUCGUGGGCAACUCAUGUUCCAAGGCCCGCCCAAGGAUGUCACCGGCUACCUCAGUCGAAUGGGGCGAAAAGUGCCUCCCGGGGAAAACUCCUUAGAGUAUCUUAUAGAUGUUAUACAAGAGUAUGAUCAGUCCGAAGUGGGAGUUGAGGCGUUAGCUCAAUUUGCGCGCACUGGUGUGAAACCCGGUAAGUUAACAGAAGGCGAUGUUUCAGUCGUUUCGACAGUACUGGCACCAACACCGCCUCGCCGAGGGGCUGGUAUUGUAGCGGUGGCGGGCGGCGGAGCUGGCAAUGAUGCUCAGUACCAAGGAGGGAAGCGGCUUUACUUGCAGGCUAGUAAAAAUAUUUCGGGUGUUGAUGAUUUUGAUCGUAGCGUGAGAAGCCCUUAUAAUAAUAAUUCUAUGUCAAGGUCUUGGACUGCUAGCCAUAGUGGUGUGGUGCAAAAACUUAAGUUUACUCCACCUCGGCCCAAGAAUACUGCUGAUCUAAGAGUUCAGAACCCUAUGAGUUCAUCUCCGGGAUAUUACGCCUAUUCAAGCGAGAUCUUACCAAGCACACCAACCCCACAUAGCAGCGACUACACAGUCAACGAGAACGAUUACAUGACACCAGGUGUGAUUGACCACUCCAUCGACUACGGCCCAAAGUUCUCCAACUCUUUCAUCCCAGAAACCUGGACCCUCAUCCGCCGCAACUUCAUCAACAUCCGCCGCACACCAGAACUCUUCCUGUCCCGUCUUGUAGUCCUCACCGUCAUGGGCUUUAUGAUGGCCACCAUGUUCAAAAACCCUCCAAAAACACUCCAAGGCAUCACCAACCGGAUCAGCUUCUUCAUCUUCACCGUCUGUCUCUUCUUCUUCUCCUCAAACGACGCCGUCCCAGCCUUCAUUCAAGAACGCUUUGUCUUCGUUCGUGAGACCUCUUACAACGCCUACCGCGCCUCCAGCUACACCAUCGCUGGUCUCAUAACCUAUCUUCCCUUUCUGGCUCUCCAAGCACUCGUCUACGCUCUCAUCGUUUGGUUCGCCCUAAAACUCCAUGGCCCUUUUCUUUAUUUCUACAUCGUUCUCUACGUGGCUCUGCUCUCCACCAAUUCUUUUGUCGUGUUUGUUAGCUCAAUCGUGCCGAACUACAUCUUGGGCUACGCCGCGGUGAUAGCUUUCACCGCUCUCUUUUUCUUGUUUUGUGGAUACUUUUUGAACAGUCAUGAUAUUCCCUACUACUGGAAAUGGAUGAACAAGAUCUCCACCAUGACUUAUCCUUAUGAAGGUCUUUUGAUGAAUCAGUACCAGAACACUAUCGUGUUUGGAACAAGCACUAAUGGGACACCUGUGACUGGUCAGAGUAUAUUGAAGAGUCUUGGUAUUGAUAGUGACUUAGGAUCCAAUAAGAAGUGGGAAAAUGUGGUGAUAAUGUUGGGUUGGGCAGUACUUUACAGGGUUUUGUUUUACUUGGUUCUUCGUUUUGCGUCCAAGAACCAGAGAACGUAA